AUGACCUUUGCAUUCAUAUUAAUGGAGUGGGGUGGGGCAACCACUCUCGUCGGCGUUGCUGGAAUCUUCUACUUCACGGGUCCAAUCCUCCUCCUCCUAGCCACCAUUUUCGAAUGGAUAAUGGGGAACUUUUUCUCAAUGAUGGUCAUGGGCAUGUUCGCCGUGUUCUGGCUCUCUUUCGGUAUUCUCGAAACCCCUUCUUGGGGAAUCGCUGCUUCAUACUCUAAGACGGGAAAUGCUGCUGAGGGAGCAACCUCCGUAGGGUAUAAUGCUGCAGUUGCUCUUUACCUCAUGGUGUGGGGCCUUUGGUUGUUUACAAUGUGGAUCUUUACGCUAAAGACAAACAUUCUCUCGGCGGUCAUGUUUUUGUUGUCUUUUUCUAGUUGUUUUGUUCUUGGAGCCUCUUAUUGGAAAGUCAGCACCGGAGAUCAUUCAAUGGCUAUGAGAUUACAAAAAGCUGGAGCUGCCAUUUUCUUUGUGGUUGCUUUGCUUGGGUAUUAUAUGACGGUUGCCAUGAUAGCAGCAGAGAUGCAGAUACCGUUGAAAUUUCCUGUUGGCGACCUUUCAUAUCUAUGGCCAAAAUCAGAUAUCGAGUCUGCAGAGGUGGACAAAGCAGAAUAA